UUUUUUAAAUUUAAACCUUCCAAAUAAACAUUUUAUACAAUACGGCAAUUUUCUUAGUUUUCCUUAAAAAUCCGGCAAUUUUAGAAUUAGAAUACGGCAACCCUAAAUUUGUCAGGAACAACACUGGGUGCGGGCUGCGGAUUGCAGUUGGAUGUUUGUGAUCGUUAAAAAUCUUGGGUGUGUUCAUCGCGUGAUAGUAUUCAAUGUGGCUGUAAUAUCGUGAAGAGAUUCACAGAAGUUUAAGUGUUAAUAAUGUUGCGAUCUUUUCUGGAUAAAUUCUGGAACGAAGAUGUGUGGUUGCCGCCGAACACCACUUGGGAAGACCUUACUCCAGGACCUGAUAAGGCUGUGUCUUAUACUUACCAUUGGGAUCUGCUGUAUCCCAUACCGUUGGCAUUUGUACUCAUAGCCCUUCGUUAUGCUCUGAACAAAUACUGGUUCGCCCCUUUUGGCAUGUCAUUGGGCAUCAAAAACACAAGACCAAAGAAAGCCCCUAGCAACCCCAAAUUGGAGGCAGCAUAUCAGUUAACUCCAAAAAUAAAACAUAAACAGUUGUUUUUGAGCAAGGACGAGAUCCUAUCCCUUUCUAAGCAAGUGGAUCUGACAGAGAGGCAAGUGGAGCGAUGGUGGCGCCUGCGCCGCAGCCAGGACAAGCCGUCGAAUCUGGUGAAGUUCUGCGAGAACCUAUGGCUAUGUACCUUCUAUCUGUACAACUUCUCUUAUGGCGUCUUCGUGCUGUGGGACAAGGACUGGUUGUGGGACAUCGAUCAGUGCUAUGUGGGGUAUCCUCAUCAGGGUUACACCAACGAUGUAUGGUGGUACUACAUGAUCUCAUCAGCCUUCUACUGGUCUCUGACCUUCUCCCACUUCUGGGACGUGCGCCGCAAGGACUUCUGGCAGAUGUUCGUCCACCACGUGGCCACCAUCGCUCUGCUGACCUUCAGCUGGGUCUGCAACCUGCACAGGAUCGGGACUUUGGUGCUGCUGCUGCAUGAUUUCGCUGAUAUAUUUUUAGUGGCGGCCAAGGCGGCCAAAUACGCGAACUUCCAAAGACUGUGCGACGUGAUAUUCGCCGUGUUCACGGUCGCGUGGAUUGUCACGCGGCUGGGCUUCUAUCCCUUCUACAUUAUAUGGAGCACAUCGAUCCGCGCGCCAAUGCUGCUGCCGAUGUUCGCAGCGUACUACAUCUUCAACGCCAUGCUGUGCUUCUUGUUAGCGCUGCACGUGCUAUGGAGCUGGCUCAUCCUGCAGGUCGCCUACAAGGCCAUCAGCGCGGGGCAGGUAUGGACCUUAUGCCGCGGGGAUACGGCGCACA